AUGCUUGCCGCAUCUUUCUUUUCGUUGCGCCCACGAUGCGGCAGCUUGGGCUCGUUAGCAAUCGGUCGUACUCGUCGAUUGCAGCAGAUACGUCUCAAUGGCUUUGUAUGUCGUGCUCUCGGUACCUCUGCGUCCGACUCGAAGGACCAGAAGCUCAAGACAACAAUCUUGGAUCGCGUAGUAGAUAAACUCAACGACUCGAUUAGGAAUUACCCUGGCGAGACCAUUUCCGUGCUCUUUGCGUCCGAUAUCCUCAGUAUUGGAGCCAUGUACGGUGCAAUAUCCAUGGCGGGCAUUGAGUUCUCCCCCGAGUUUGCGUUGGCAUUCGCAGCCAGUCGCCCGUUCCGCCGCUUCCGUCUGCCACUGGACUUGGUCGUCGCUGCUGGCGUCGCUAAAGCCUUUCCGGCCUUCUCUCGAGUGCGGCUUUCAGAUUUGACGAGGGCUUUGCCAAAUCGAACUAGUGCCUCCGCAUCGUCGGCUAUAUUAAAAUCUGGCAUCAUGGCCAAAGCCAUGGACACGGCAAAAGAGGUGAUCGACAACUACGGUGCUGCAUACAUGAUGGGCUCUCGUCUUGCUGGCGUGGGUGUAGUAUGUGCUUUGUAUGGGCUAAUUAAGCAAGGGGUGGACUUAAUGCCUAUUCUAGCCUGUCUUGGUGUGGAAGAAGUGGGAUCGGCACUUGGCGGAUACGCCGCGGCAGUUGUUUUAAGCUCGGCGCUAUAUCCAGCAACAUUGGGUGUCUCGGGCUAUAUUGCACCUGUUGUUGCCAAGCUACGAAGGACGGCCUUGUCCCAGUUAUGGCAGUGCACGUCUCCGCAUUUCACAGUUGGCACCGCCGUCUCAAAGCGCAGUAGCAUCGGGAUUUGCGAGCUAAAUGUUUGGCAGGGCACAAGACUUGAUGAUGACGUGGCCCGGUCUGGAAGACCGCUGCUUCGCCCCAAUUUACCUGUGAUCAAAUGUAAGAACUGGACGCAGCGUCGAUUUCCAGGCCAUUUGUAUCACUUAGUCUCGAUGGGCUGGAUAUCGCUGCUUUGCGUUUUUGUUGGGGUCUAUAUCUUUGUUGUUGGACUGUUCGCUCUUUUAUUUGCAGCUUGUAAUGGAAUGAAUCCAGAAAGCCCAGGAAAUCCGAGAAACUUCUUUAACUUGAGUCUACAAACGCUUUCAAGCACUGGAUAUGGGGUACUCUAUCCAGUUUCCGCUUGCUCGCGAUGGAUUAGUAUGGUUGAGUCGUUUGUAUCUAUGCUGCUGACUUCUUUCAUGACUGGCGUGACUUUCGUUAAGUUUGCGCGACCUCAUCCCCGCAUCCUGCUGAGCGACGUGUUUACUGUUUCCCAAGGAGAGAACGGAUUGGAAAUGAGAUUUCGAGUGGCAAAUGAAAAACCUCGUGUCAGCAAUAGCGAUAUUACCGAUAUUGGCUUUAAGCUAAUUCUGAUGCGGAUAGAGACUGGAAGACAAGACGAGAAGAGGCUGUGCUAUUACGACUUGAAACUAGAAAGAGCCCGUCUCAUUUCGCUGAGACUAGAGGUUGAGCUGGUCCACAAUAUCGCUGGCAGCAGUCCAUUCUUCAAGAAGACGUUGGAUGAUCUGGCUCGCUCAGAUUUUAUUAUAAUACUACUCGUUUCCGGCUUGGACGAAAACCUCCACGACAUGGUUUAUACGAAACAAGAAUACAGUCAAGAAGCGAUGAGGUGGGGUGCCAGGUUUCUUCCUGCGCUUAACUGGGACUAUCAUCACAAAUUUAUCAAGUUUGACUUGGGCAAAAUAUCAGCAGUAGCUCCUGUUCCGAUUGAUCUAAAUGAUGGGCUUUCGAGUAAUGUGGACGUCACUUGCUCGCCUGAAAAGGAAGAGUAUGAUUUGUUGACAUCGUGCAAUGAAGUUGGUAAUGUUGAUAUCGAGCACGCAAGUCAACAUAGUUCACGGUGCUUUCAAGCAGAUCGUGCGAGCCCAUCCAGGCUGGUUGAGGACACUCCUUUCGAGCUUGGUAAUGAUUAUGAUGACGGCGCAGCAGCGAGGGAGGCAAGCAAGGGUUGCCAACGUGACGAAGACAAACCGGAUGGAAGCUCUUCCUCAAACGGAAUGGCACAAGUUGGAAGGCAUGUUAUGCAGCGAGAUAGUUUAUUAUCCUAUUGGAGCCUAGAUGACGAAUACGCGUGGGGUGAAAAGCUUGGGGGUCACUCUAUGAGUAUCUUACAGCGGAAGAUUCGCGUGAAGAAUCGCUCACAUAGUUUUCUUUUGAAAGGAGUUUACCAACGAGCGUUGGAGGCUUCGUGGCCCAGUCUACUAUUGUCUCUCGUUCUAGCUUACUUGUGGGUUGUCGCGACGCUUGCGCUAUUAAUUUCCAUUUCGAUACACGAUCCAUUAGACCAACGAGAGCAAAAUGGUUUUACAAACAAGUUCGGAGAGGUCUUCUUCUUUUGCGUCCAGACGAUUUCCACUGUUGGCUACGGAGCUUUGAGCCCAAGACAAGAUAGCGACGCUGCCAAUUUUUUUGUGUUUUUGCUGGUGUUUUCCGGUGUGUUCGUCUCAACACUAGUGACAGGCAUCACGUGGGCAAAGUUUUCCAUUCCAAAAGCGUCUACUCUAUUAUACAGCAACGUUCUACUGCUAAACUCGUUCCACUCACAUCGCGCUGUUAUGUUUCGUGCUGCAAACAAUCGCAAAUUUGGAGUUAUAGUUGAGGGUUCUUUCAGGUACGAGUUCACGCUUGACGCUGGAAUGGCCAGCAACGGUUAA